AUGUACGGUUUGCUUACGACCGUGGCAAACCUUGCGUCCCCAUUCGCAGCCACUCUAACAAAGACCGUCGACAACGCCCUGUGGGAUUUGAGCAACGAGCGCGUCAAAGUUGAUGACUAUGCGGUGCGACGCGAUAUCACGGAGGCAGUGUUGCUCAUGUACGGCAUGUCGGCAUUAUCGUGGCUCUUUCUGUUUCUUCUACCGAGACAGAAACAAGAGAUCCAGGAGCUGAAGCGAUCAGGUGGAUCGAGUGCACGUCUUGGGGCACUGACUGUGGGCUACUUGUGUUUUGCAUUGGUUUGA